UUUAGAAAGACGGAGUCUCUCCCAGGACAGCUGCUGUGGUCACACCACAAACUUAAAAGCCGCCCUCCUGCUUGGAGCGUGCCUUUCCUCACCAGGCUCACCGGCCAAAGCGCCAACUGGUGGGUCACAGUCUGCCCGGAGAGACGCUCGGGGGACAGGAGCGCCCCCUGCCUUCCCGCCGGACAGUAGCCGCCGCCUCCGCGCUCCGCCAGGGCCGCCCGCGCCCUGCGGUUCAGCCUGGGCUGAGGCUCCCAAGAACUCGCGCCUGUCUCCGGCGGUCCCGUAGUCUGGGUCACCGCCGGCUGUCCUUUGCUCUCUCCUGAACCAGAGUCGCAGGGAAGGGAAAAACGACCAGAGUUGCCGGCAGAAAGGAGUCAUAUAUGCUUCCAAGAUGGUCAGGAGAAGGCAUCAGAUCUCCUGCAGCUAUAGAUGGUUGUGAAAUGCCAUGUGGUGCCUGGAAACUGAACAUGGAUCCUCUGAAAGACCAUCAAGUAUUCUUAAUCGCCAAACCAUCUUGUUGAGUCGACAGUGCUUGAAAAACAGUAUUUUCAUCAUGAAUGUUAAUAGAGAUGAGAUGCCAAGGUCAAGAAGUCAAGAUCUUCACCUUCUUCAUGCUUGGGUGAUGCUAAUCACUAGUGUACUGUUUCUUCCUGUCACUGAAACUUCUAAACAAAAUAUUCCACGUCUGAAGCUAACCUACAAAGACUUGCUGCUUUCAAACAGCUGCAUUCCCUUUUUGGGUUCCUCGGAAGGACUGGAUUUCCAGACUCUUCUUUUAGAUGAGGAGAGGGGCAGGCUGCUACUAGGAGCCAAGGAUCAUGUCUUCCUGCUCAAUCUUGUCGACUUAAACAAAAACUUUAAGAAGAUUUAUUGGCCUGCUGCUAAAGAAAGAGUGGAACUAUGUAAAUUAGCUGGAAAAGAUGCCAAUACAGAAUGUGCAAAUUUCAUCCGAGUUCUUCAACCCUAUAAUAAGACUCAUGCUUAUGUGUGUGGAACUGGAGCAUUUCAUCCACUAUGUGGAUAUAUUGAUCUUGGAGCCAACAAGGAGGAACUCAUAUUUAAACUAGACAUGCACAGCUUGGAGUCUGGCAGGCUGAAAUGUCCCUUUGAUCCUCAGCAGCCUUUUGCUUCAGUAAUGACAGAUGAGUACCUCUACUCUGGAACAGCUUCUGAUUUCCUUGGCAAAGACACUGCCUUCACCAGGUCCCUUGGGCUGACACACGACCCCCAUUACAUCAGAACUGAUAUUUCCGAACACUACUGGCUCAAUGGAGCAAAAUUUAUUGGAACAUUCCCUAUUCCAGACACCUACAAUCCAGAUGAUGAUAAAAUAUAUUUCUUCUUUCGGGAAUCAUCCCAGGAAGGCAGUACAUCAGACAGAAGCAUUCUUUCAAGAGUUGGGAGAGUGUGUAAGAAUGAUGUAGGUGGGCAACGAAGUCUGAUAAACAAAUGGACCACUUUUCUUAAAGCCAGACUGAUUUGCUCAAUUCCUGGAAGCGAUGGAGCAGAUACUCAUUUUGAUGAACUCCAAGACAUUUAUUUACUCCCUACGAGAGAUGAAAGAAAUCCUGUAGUAUAUGGAGUCUUCACCACAACCAGCUCCAUCUUCAAAGGCUCCGCUGUCUGUGUGUACAGCAUGGCUGACAUAAGAGCAGUUUUUAAUGGCCCAUAUGCUCACAAGGAAAGUGCAGACCAUCGUUGGGUCCAGUAUGAUGGAAGGAUACCUUAUCCCCGACCUGGAACGUGUCCAAGCAGAACCUAUGAUCCGCUGAUUAAAUCCACCCGAGACUUUCCUGAUGAUGUCAUCAGUUUCAUAAGGCGGCACCCGGUGAUGUAUAAGUCAGUGUACCCAGUGGCAGGAGCACCAACCUUCAAGAGAAUCAAUGUGGACUACAGACUGACGCAGAUAGUGGUGGAUCACGUAGUCGCUGAAGACGGACAGUAUGAUGUUAUGUUUCUCGGAACAGACAUUGGAACGGUCCUCAAAGUUGUCAGCAUUUCCAAGGAGAAGUGGAGUAUGGAAGAGGUAGUGCUGGAGGAGCUUCAGGUGUUCAAGCACCCAACAGCCAUCUUGAACAUGGAGUUGUCACUGAAGCAGCAACAGUUAUACGUUGGUUCCUGGGAUGGAUUGGUUCAGCUCUCCUUGCACAGAUGUGACACUUAUGGGAAAGCAUGUGCAGAUUGCUGUCUUGCCAGAGACCCCUACUGUGCUUGGGAUGGAAAUGCUUGCUCAAGAUAUGCUCCCACUUCCAAAAGACGAGCUAGACGCCAGGAUGUAAAGUAUGGGGACCCAAUCACUCAGUGCUGGGACAUAGAAGACAACAUUAGUCAUGAAACAGCUGAUGAAAAGGUGAUUUUCGGAAUUGAAUUUAAUUCAACUUUUCUGGAGUGCAUACCUAAAUCCCAACAAGCCUCUGUUAAGUGGUAUGUCCAGCGGUCAGGUGAUGAGCAUCGGGAGGAGUUGAAACCCGAUGAAAGGAUCAUCAAAACAGACUAUGGGCUACUGAUUCGAAGUCUGCAGAAAAAGGACUCUGGGAUGUAUUACUGCAAAGCACAGGAGCACACUUUCAUCCACACCGUGGUGAAGCUGACUUUGAAUGUCAUUGAGAAUGAACAGAUGGAAAAUACCCAAAGGGCAGAGCACCAAGAGGGGCAGGUCAAGGAUCUAUUGGCUGAGUCACGGUUGAGAUACAAAGACUACAUCCAAAUCCUUAGCAGCCCAAACUUCAGCCUGGACCAGUACUGUGAACAGAUGUGGUACAGGGAGAAGCGGAGACAGCGCAACAAGGGCAGCCCAAAGUGGAAACACGUGCAGGAAAUAAAGAAGAAACGUAAUCGGCGGCAUCACAGAGACCCGGAUGAGCUCCAUAGAGCUGUAGCUACAUAGUUUUCUAUUUAAUUUAAAGAGAAAAGUAUUUACCUGCCUGAAAAAUACUGUCUUCUAUCUUGUACAUCCCUCAUACCAAUUAAUACAUGCCUUCUAAGGAGUGUCAUUAAGGCACAGAAUGAUAGACUGGAUAAGACUGUCUGUGGUAGAUAUGUGUUCAUCUGGACCAGCUUUCUGAGAACAGCAAAGUCAAGAAUUGUCCUCAGAAUGGGAGGCUUACAUUUUGAAUUUAACAUCAUAUAUAGAAGUAAGCUGAACGAACAUCAUCAGGAAGAUGCUUUAUUCCCCAAGCACAUCUGCUAUACAUGGAGUUUAUCAUGCAGUUGCCUAUGUUCUUAUAAUCAGUUAAGUCAUUCCAUUCUAGAACUGGUGAUGUUACAGGAAUUGUAGGAGAGGAACAAAUUAAAACAGUAUGUUAGUAAGAGGAAUGUUCUCAAGGAUCCACCAUCCCAGACUUGGACCAGGUCUGAGGAUUUAGAAAGGUAACUGUUGCUUCUUUCAGGACAAGCUACAUCUAGGGUGCUGCAGCAGUACUUUUAUGUGAGGUUGUUAAUGGUCCUAUCAAGGUUCCCUGUGACUGGUCAAGAGAAACAGGUUCACAGACAGAACCUAAUGCUUAACGGUAUGUUCUAGAAUAAAAUAUGCACAAUUCAUGUUUUAAAAACAUGGGGAAAUAUUUUAAUAUAUUAAGAGAGACAUGGUGUUCACAAUAUCCCAGACGGGACUAGGAGACAGACAGAAAGAGCCAUAAAUUAUGGCUCUGAGGAAAACUUAUGUUGCAUGAGAAGGCAGCAAACCACAAGCAAACUUGAUAGAAUGUAACGGAACUCUUUCCACUGGUGCAUAACUAUCUCCCACUUGUAAUGUAUCAGUUUAAAACAAUCUAGAUAUAACGACCUGUUGGCAAAAGCUCAAGUGAAAGUAAAAUUUGUAAAGAAUUAUGGGAUGGCAAUAUUUUAUUUAUAACCGAUGUAUUUCUGUGUUCUCUUUUUUCUAAGUAUUUAUCAUAUUCUGUAUAUUGUUUGCAUUUACAUCUUUAUUUGAUUAUAUUUGAGAGAAUAGGAGAAAACAAUGUGUAAUACAUACAGAGAUAAACAGAUGAUCAAGGUAGGGAGUGGUGAAUUUUGCUGAAUGAUAAGUACAAAAUUUUGAUGACGGGAAGGGUUAAGUUAACUCUUUGACGUUCUUUUCUUCACACAAAUUUUCUGAAUUUCCUAGGUGCCACAAUGUAGUUCAAGCAACAUUGUUUUAGCAGUUUCACAACAAGUAAGUCUGCCACAUGUAAAGAAAACAAACAGCAUUAUAUAAAUACUACUUGUAUUUUGUUAGUAUGUUUCAAAUUGAACUUUCCAUCUGAACAUUGCUUCCAUGCCAAUCUCAGCACAACUCACCUUUCCUCCCUCCAGUACAAAGCCCUUUCUUAGCCUUCCUGUUUGACCUUUUCACACUCUUUAUAGUGUGAAAUGAACAAUUAGUCACUUCCUUACAAAGAAUGCGGCUUUUUAGAGAACCGAUAGACCUUGCUUGCUUCUCAUGCAUUUUACACACUUUGGAAGAAGUCUGUGAGAAGCCUGUGUGAUUAAAGACCAAUGUUACAGAGUCAAUCUCUUCAUUCAUAGUAUCCUCAGGAACUUUCAUUCAUUUAAUCUGUUCAAUAACAUUGGUCGCCUAUCUCAAAGACAUCAAACUUAGCUGUGAGGGCCGGGUAGAAUAAUGAGUAUUUGUAGAUGCUUCAUGCUAAGGAAAGGGAAAAGUGAAAGAAAUACUUUAAUAAGUGAACCAGAAUGAAUUGCAUCUCCAGAAGAAAUACAUACAAAUACUUGUGCAUUUGUUUGAUUAGUAAUAAAAUACCACACAAGGGUGCUUAUCUAUUAGGUUUCUGGGAGUCCUACAAACUCAAAGCAACUUAAAGUGGGCAUGCUUCAUUUAAAAAAUACUUGCAGAUUGUUGUCUAUCAAAAAGUAAUACCCUAAUAUGGAUGGUAUUGAAAAAGCACACAAGGUUCUAACAUUUGUAUUGACUACAGAAAGUUAGUUUUUUCUAGAUAAGAAUGCCCAAACAAUUUUCUAAUUACUUAGUUCAAAAGCAAUUCAUUUCUAUCCAUAUUCUGGAAAUCUAUUUUACAGCCUAGGUUUAAAAUUCUGACUGCUUUGGAUACAAAACUACUACUGAUGAAUAAAAUAUAUUAUAAAACUAUUAGUAAAAUAAUGUUACAUAAUAAAAGUGGGGACUAAGGUUAAGUGUAUUUUAAAGCACUAAUUGUAUCUAAACCCUUAGAAGAGUGCGAAUGCUCUAUGCUGACACAAGCAAUGUUUGUCUCCUAACCACUGAGGCUGAAGAAACUCUGAUGAGAAAGUAGAACAUUGCUCUAAGUUUCAAAUAUUCAAAGACGCCAGAUCUCUCAUAACAGACUCUAUCAUACCUACUUAAUCAUUGUUUAUAUUUUUCUUUGUCUUCAAUGUAUGUCUUUAUCUUUCCCAUGUAUUUUUGCUGAACUUUUAUUCCAGUCAUUUGUGCUGCUAAAUGUAAUUGUGUCCAGCUGAAUUCAUUUGCAUUUAAUUAUUGGGAAUUUUAAGAGUUUGUUUAGAAAUGAAAAAUCUAAAUAAUCAAUUAUGUAAAAAUACAUUUUUUUCUUUCCUAACGAGCUCAAAACUCUACAUUGACAUGAUUGAGUAAACAUUUCAGAAGAAACAAUCAAAUUACUUAACAAAAUUCAAAAUAGUCAUAGAAAAAUCAGCAAUUAGUAGAAGCCACAACAACUCUCCAGGUAUCAUUGACAAUUCCAGCAUCUUUUGUUCAAGGUAAGACUUGCUCCCAAAAAUGCUGACCAUGGUAUGGUAAUGCAUUUAGAGGUUGUUUUUUUUUUUAUAACUUGACUCUUUGUAUAUUAUUACAUGCUAUUUCUACCGUAUUGGUGGCUUCAGCUAGAAGACAGCAAGAGUGACUGCUUUUUGAAAUAACAUAACCGAGACUGAGUUCCCAGGACAGCUUAUGUCAUUUCAUUCACAUGAAAAAAUAAAAUUAAAUAAGACCAUUCAAUAAAUAGUGAUUUUUUUCUUAAACAUACAUCUAAGGCAUAGCUCACACAUUUCACUAAAAACAAAGAAAGUGAAAUUGAGAAUCUCCUUUCUUUGGAGUGACCAUUUGUUGCCACAUUUGUCAAAUUUGUCACAGUGUGUUAUAACUGCAAAGCCUUUGGGAAAGACGCAUAGUUUUUAUAAAUAGAAAAAUAUUCUUCCCAUAGCAAAUUAUCAUAAUUUUACAAUUUUCAUUUUGUUUGUGAGGCUGAAAAAGCAUGAUAUUUAAAAUUCCCAGAGUCUGAAAAUAAAAAAAAACUAAGAGCAGAAAAAUGCACAGGUAUUGUAACUCUUCUUAAUUAUUUUGUAAUAUAAUGUAUUGAUGAAAAUUUUGAAACAUAACUUUUUUGGGAAAGAAAAUAAACUUGUCAGAAUCCACAGGAAAAUUUAACUCUAGCAUUGUAAGUAGUUAGCAAUCAGUUUUGAAUCUUUCUACUAUAAAACAAAUGUAGUCUUGUAGCAUAACAGUUAAAAUUGUUAAAUGUAUAUUUUGUUUGUAUUAUAAUAAAUAUGAGCUUCAGUGUC